AUCGAUUUUUAGUCGUGUGCCCGCGCUCGUCUCAACACUAUAUGGCUGAGAUACGCGAAAAAAGUGGAUGUUGUUUUCGUUGAAUAUGAAUCUGAUUUUAAUCGAAUGGCUCUUCGUGUUAAUAUGUAACUGUGCUCUAGUUAAUUCAAUUUAUUACACAGGUUUAAGCGGCCUCGGGGGGUUGAGCGAGGAGGACCGGAUAGUAGCCAAGCUCGCGAAUAUCAUCAAAGAACGGGAGGAGAGAUGGUCGUCGACGUCCGACUCGGAUCCCGAGGGCGGGGAGAGGAGAGGGGAGGGGGAGAAGGAGCGAGAGAGGGGCAGGAAACCGGGCCUCCUCUUCUCCUACCACUUCCCUAACCAAUCGCCCGAGAACAACGAGUCCCCUUUCGCCGUGCCCCCGACGGAUCCCAGAUAUCAUCAAAAUUUAGCUCCUGAUGCGUUGGCUCCGCAGUCCGAAUCGUCAGCGAGCAGGGGGUCUCAAAGAAACUACGUCGUAGACACUCAAAGAUAUGAGACUCCAAUUUCAAGAAACCCAAAUUCAGCGAAAACACGCCUUGCACACACCUUUGAGGACAGCCCGUACAGUGAGGGAAACAAAUACUCAUCGAAGGAAUCGGUUCCAAUGAGUAACAUGGGGCAGUUCUCUAGUAAAUCUUCGGACGACGAAGAUGACGAAGAAAACGAGGGUUCCAUGGACCAAAAGGAGAGCCCGUCAGAGCCGUCACCCCCGGCUCGCUUCUACCAAUUCGAGAGGGUCAUCAAAACCCCACUAUUUCUAUCGACGGAAAACUGGGAUAGUAACGACAUGUAUUACAUGGUGAUGAUAGCAGGAUGUAGCGCAGCGGCAGUUUUAGGAUUGAGCAUACUCGGGUUCGGAUGGUACAGAUUGCAGAAACGAGUGAAGGCGGCAGCUGACGUGGAUUAUCCCGCGUAUGGAGUGACGGGACCACACAAGGACUCAUCCCCCACGGGCGACAGGCGGCUUGCCCACUCCGCUCAGAUGUACCACUAUCAGCAUCAAAAACAGCAAAUCAUUGCUAUGGAGAAUGGGCGAUCAUGCAAUGAAGCGAGAAGGGGCUCCGUAUCAGAAGCAGAGAGCGACGAAGAAGGCGAUUACACCGUCUAUGAGUGUCCAGGACUUGCUGUGGCUGGUGAAAUGGAGGUGAAGAAUCCCUUGUUCAACGACGAGCCGAUUACUGAUCUCCCAAAACCCGAGGAGGCUUCAAUCAAAAUAGACGAAACGAAACAGGCCCCCAACGAGUAGACCCAUCUCUAAAGAUUGUCAAUAUUACCUUGAAUGCAUAACAUCUUUUAUUCAAACACAUUAGAUCUUGUAGAAUUAUUAACAUGCAGCCACUAUUCUAUCUACACGUCUCAUGCAUGAAAAUUUCAAUAGGUAUUGGUAUUUUGAAUUCUUACUCACCGGUCAAUAUUCCGUUCACCUGGACCAAUUGGAAUCAGAUCAGCAUAAUUUUUUUAUUACAAUGUAAUCGAAUUUACCUUUUGUAAUAUCAGACCUAAAUGUUUUGCACCCUGUCUGCGGGUAUGGAGAUUUGAUAUAAAUCAUCCCAUUAGAAGUAAGGAAAUGGAGUACAUAAUUAUAUGAGAUGGAUAUCAAAUUAUUAGGGGAGGAAUUUUGAAACCAAAAAGUAUGGCUUAAUUGAAUUGAAAGUCUACCUACCUCAUAUUGGAUUUACUAUUGAAGAAAAGUUAAUUGAAUAGGCUCAAGGGACAUGCAAAAACAUCCGAUGUCCAACAAUGCUUCAGCAUUGCAGUGGUUUAAUUGUCUCGCCCCACGGCACAGAUUAAUGAGAUUGAUCUCCUCAGUAAACAUCUAAUUAUAUUUGGGGGACUUUUGAUACAAUUAUUCUACAUUUCUAACGUCUCAAACCAAUUUUCUCUGUAAAAUUAUUACCAUGAAAUCGCCCAGGCAAAUAUAAAAAUGAAUUAUCAGAUGUUUUCAUACGAGCUGAUUCAAUUGUGGAUGGAGCUAACUUUCCAUGGGAAAUGGGUAUGAAGAACUUUUGCCCAAAGAUUGUAACAACGUUAUACGUCUCCAAAACCUUUCCUACGUAGGUAUUUCUAAAAAAAAAAAAAAAAAACCUAAUUAUAUAUUAUUAAAAAGAUACCCACUCCUCCAGCAUAGUUGCAUACCAACAUUACCAACAAAAUGGUGAAGGUGUUUCAGACAAUUAUGUAGCUUCUCCACGUUUAAUAAACCUGUUAAAAGUCAAUUAAAAAACGUAAAAUUAUUGGAUCUCUUUCAAUAUAUUUAAAAUACGAUUUAAUUUAAUCAUAUACCUACCUACCUGCUUAUUCUUCCAAAA